AAACACACCACACCCUUUAGUUGUGUUAGCCCAAAAAAAAAGAAAAAAGAAAAACAGCAUAAGAGCUAGCUACUUGUUCAUAUUUAGGCUGUUUCAAUUGCCAUUGUCAUGGCUAGCUCAUCUUCAUCAUCAUCAAUUCCAUGUUUCUGGAUCAUUUUAGGGUUUAUAUUGGCAAUGGGACUGGUUGUCCGUCAAGCAGAGGCUCGUGCAUUCUUCGUGUUUGGAGACUCUCUAGUGGACAAUGGCAACAACGACUACUUGGCCACCACCGCCCGUGCCGACUCCCCUCCUUACGGCAUAGAUUAUCCUACACACCGCCCAACCGGCCGCUUCUCUAAUGGCCUUAACAUCCCUGAUUUUAUCAGUCAGCAUCUCGGAGCAGAAUCCACAUUACCAUACCUAAGUCCGCAGCUCACCGGGCAAAAACUACUUGUUGGUGCCAACUUUGCUUCUGCUGGAGUCGGAAUACUUAAUGACACUGGAGCUCAGUUUGUGAACAUACUAAGAAUAACACAACAGAUGCAAUACUUCCAACAAUACCAGCAAAGAGUGAGUGCACUGAUAGGAAGUGCAAGGGCAAAACAACUUGUAAACCAAGCACUUGUUCUGAUAACGUUGGGAGGCAACGACUUCGUCAACAACUACUACUUGGUUCCCUUCUCUGCUCGCUCUCGUCAGUAUUCUCUCCCGGAUUACGUUCGCUUUCUCAUCUCUGAGUAUCAGAAAGUUUUACAGAGACUGUACGAUUUGGGGGCGCGGAGGGUGAUAGUGACCGGUACGGGACCAUUAGGAUGUGUACCGGCGGAAUUGGCAAUGCGCAGUCGAAACGGAGAAUGCGCCGCGGAACUGCAGAGAGCAGCAGAGUUGUUCAACCCUCAACUCAUCCAAAUGACCAACGGACUCAACGCCAGGAUCGGCACCAGCGUCUUCGUCACUGCAAAUACUCAACUCAUGAACAGGGAUUUCAUCAGUGAUCCUCAAGCUUAUGGUUUUGUAACAUCAAAGGUAGCAUGUUGUGGGCAAGGACCUUACAAUGGACUAGGACUUUGCACAGCAGCAUCAAACUUGUGCCCAAACAGGGACAUAUAUGCAUUUUGGGAUGCAUUCCAUCCAUCUGAGAAAGCCAACAAGAUUAUAGUGCAGCGGAUUGUUUCUGGCUCCAGAGUUUACAUGAACCCAAUGAAUCUCAGCACCAUCAUGGCCUUAGAUUCUAAUUCCAUGGUUUAAUCUCCAAUGCUUUUGUGUUCUCUCUUUGUUCCUCUUAAUUGUUCCAAACUUGUUUAAGUCUGUGUUUUUCUUGUUUAUUUUUUUCAUCAAUAAUUAGUAGAUAAAUAUUUAUUUAUAUAUAGCAGAGAAACUGAGCAGCAAUCCUCAAUGCUCUCAAAAUGUUGUUCUCUAGCUGGUUUGUUUGUCAAUAAAUAGAUCUUUAAUUUAAUGGUGCAAUCUUAUUUUA